GGAAGCCACCCUUCCUGCGCGUGCCUUGACAGAAUAAAGGCCGCGGAGCAAAUGCGGAAGUUUAACUGAAGUCAGUUUAGCAGAAACAAAGCAGCGAGUUGAAGUUGAACUUCGCAACUGGAAACGUUACUUCUCUGCGAACCGGAGGAAACCUGAACUCUCCAUCAUGGCCACGACCGUUUACGCCUCGACGACGGCUCCGAACCCCAAGUCCUCCUGCUUCAUCGUUCCGUCGGACAACCUGUGCAAAGUCCGCUGUGGGAUCAAAGUCAUUGAAGUGCUGCUGUCCUUCGUGGCCUUCAUCCUGGAGGAGGUGGUCCACAGCUGCAUCAGCUGCACUGCUCUCUACUUCUUUGAGUUUGUCAGCUGCACGGCCUUCCUCUUCACCCUGCUGCUCCUCGUCCUCCUCUCCACCACCCUGCACACCAGGGUCGGCAUCACCUGCUGGCCCAAACUGGACUUUCUGUACACCGCUGGCAUCGCUCUGUUGUUCUUCAUCGCCUCCAUCGUUUUUGCUUCAGAUAACGGCGACACGACUAUGGAGAGGAGUGCUGUGGCGUUCGGCUUCAUGGCGACGGCGGCGUUUGUCGCUGACCUCGUCUUGUUUGUGAAGAGCUGCGGGUUUCCCUUUAAGAAAGGCGGGAAGCCGGAGUCCAGUAACGGCGGCCCGGCGGCGAUGGAGGCUCCGCCAGAGGAGGAGAAACUCAACAUGCCGGCCAACGGAGCAGAAUAAGCCGUUUUUAUGUUCAGACGUGUGCAUUCGCACGCUGCGCUGAGGUCAGACAUUACUUUACGCACUAUUCCUUUAACAUGACGGCAGGAGGCGGAGCUCCAGCGACCGACGGCUGACCUGACGUCCAUUUUUAAGUCAUUUUAAAUCUUGAUUUUUAGUCGUCGUUUCCCAAAGCUGAGGAUGCUCUGCGCUGCCAUUAUCAAUAUAAUCAAUCUUCCAAUAAUUAAUCAAUCACAGUGCAGAGCAUCCAUCAGUGUGUGUGGGUUUUUUUAUUUUUAUAAUUGAUUGUAAAAAUACUGAAACAGAAUUCAGAUGUUUCUACUUGUUUUAUUGAAAACAAUAUUAUUUUUAAGGAAGAACAGAGACACUAAAACCACGGAACCACUAAAUAUUCUGCUGUAAAGUUUAUUUUUUAACAUUUUACAGAUGACGGCACAAUAAAUCCAGAUAUUGGCCGGCUACUUCACUGUCGCUGUAGCUGUAGUGCUUUUCUUUUUUUUUAUUGAACAUCAUGAAAUUUAAUAAUGAGUGACAAAAAAAAAUAAAAUAAAAUAAAAUCCCGCGUCUUAAAAUUCCCAUAACAGACAGUUGAACAGUUUGUAGAAGUCAAUGGUUCCCAACCUAGGGGUCCAUACACCCCUUGGGGUCCAAGAUAAAUCUGAGGGGUCACAAAUUAUUAGAGGAAGAAGAAAGAGAGAAAUUUCUGUCUUUUAUUUUUUACAUUUUUGUGUGAAAUAUUGGAUAAAAUGAAACAAUCCUGCAGUAAUACUGAGACAUGAAUCCAGUCUGAGCUUUCACAGCUUCAGAGUUUCGGCUCAUAGAGACGGGAUGUUCUGCUGAACUCGCAUCUGAAUUAACGAAGUGUGUGUGUUUCUUUGAGAGUUUGCGUGGCGAAUGCUCGGUGUCUGAAAAAACUAACAUCGCCAACAAUUUCCCAUGAGCCUUUGCCAAAAGCACCUUGUUCGCCCCCCCCCCCCGUUGAGUUGGACAAACAUGGCCGACAGGCUGAAUCCAAAUGUCUGGACUUGGCGCGCUCUUGCGGAGGUUUGCGGGUGCUGAGGGCCGUCCAACCCCCCACAACUCAUCCGGUCCACAAGGGGCCUCAAGCGGACUUCCUGCAGACUUCCAGAGAGUCCGCUUGGGGUGCGGACGUCACCAGACUUCACUGACUUUUCCAAUCGCAGACUUAAAAAAAACAAAACAAACUUAUUAGGAAUGUGUAAAACGGUUAGUCGUUAAAACGUCACUUGAGUCAUGCGAUCACCGUGGUUGUAGUUGUUGACUGUUGCUUCGACCGUUUCCACAGCGACGAGUGAAACAGACUUGAGGCCUGCCUAUCUAGACUCGACGUGAUGCCGGUGAACGCACAGUACGUACGGCUGAAGGCCGCAGGUCCAGAGGGUGGACGUUUGGAUUCAGCCGCAGCGUCCUACCUGAUAAUCCACCAGCGUCGCUCAUCUGACCUCUGACCUCUGACCUCCCUGUGGACCAAUCACUUUAUUAUAUCACUUCAAAGAAACUUUCCGCUCUAAACUCUGUCGUUCUUCCUGCGGAUAACCGGCUCCAGGCUGCAGCUUCAUUCCUGAAAGAGAUUUCGUUCGUCUACGUCUUUCUCAGACCUUAUCUUACAUUAGAGCCGGGCCUUUGUUUCUUAUUUUCCCUGUUUUUAUAUAAGUAUAUUUCUAAAAGUGUGUUUUUCAAAUUGUUUUUUAUGCGAAUUUGUGUUUAGUGGUUUUGACUUCAUAGUCCGUUUGGUUUCUCACUCAGUUUUAUGUGUUUUUUCAUUUUAAAGGUUCAGCUCCUUCAGUCUGUACACCAAACUCUGCUUUCUGUUCCGCUGAUUUUAACACCCGCAUUAAUCAGUGUGUGUAUUUUAAAUUUAAUGUUUUUAUAAAGGACAUGAUGCUGUUUUUAUCAACUAUAUAAACUCUGAAUAUAAAUGGUUAUGAGGAAAACGUAAUCAGCUGUUUAUUAUCCUGUCUGGAUUUUACUGAUUUUAAACUUAGUUGUUUAUAAUUGUUUUCCUCAUUAGUCUGAAGUUGAUCAGAAUUUGUACUGUUAUUGCCGGUUAAAGGUGGAGCAUGUGAUUCUGGAGAAAUCCAAUACACGACAAACACCGUGAUACAGAGCGAACAACGACUCAGCAAGUAAUGUCACUAACGUUAGGAAGGCUGUGGGUUAGCUUAGCCAGGUUGUGUGUUAGCUUAGCCAGGCUGUGGGUUAGCGUAGCUCGGUUGUGGGUAAGCAAACUGUCGCUACAGCAGCUGCUGCUAAGCUAACAGCCAGAGAGGACGGGACGGUUUCCCAGAGCCAGCACAGCAGCUCCAGACAGCGACGCUCACAACUCUCCUGCUGCUGUAGCUAACAUCACAACAGCAGCAGAUCUUAUUAAACUAGAGAGUCAGCUGAGUGUCCGCGGGCAGGUCGUUUAACGUCACCUGACACACACAUCGUGGCUGGAACAGUGCUGUGCGGCUCGGUCCGAGCCUCUUUGUGUUUCCUGUUCGCAGAGCCGGGUCAAACACCGGAGGGUUUCAGCGCUCACACUGAACGCACAGCUAGCGGACCGCGACGCGUUUAAAAAAAAAAAAAAAAGACGUGUACUGGAGUAGAAUCGCAGACCCCACCUUUUUAAUAAUUUAAAGGAAUUCUUCACCCAAACUUGUUGAAUUGUCAACCCAAAAUAUUUGAAUUUGUUCGAAGUCAAGUUUAAAUCCUCCCAAGACCCCCACACUGAGCCAGCACCCCUGCGUCCUCCGGACCCCCUGGACCCUCUGGGCCCUCUGGGCCAGUUCACUAAUCCAUCCAUGCAUUGAGUUUAAGGAUCGAAACAAAAUGAUGUUUGGGUGAAAUAUUCCUUUUAAUAUUUUGAGUGUAAUUACCAGCCAACUAGUUGGGAGUUAAAACUCCUACCAGUUCAUCCUUCAGUCACAUUAAUACAUUUUGACGAUAAUUUAAGAUGAUUUUUUUUCUCAUAUUUUAAUUUUUAUGCCCAUAAAAUUUAAGCGGACUGCAAGUUAAAAACAUUUGUUCUUCAUGUUUUUGUCUUUUUUAACAUUUGGAAAAAUUACAAAUGAUUUUGUCCUUUUUUUUUACUUUCCUCUGAGUGGUUUCAUUGUGUUCACAAAGUGAAAACUGAUGUGAGCGGUUUUUACAGAUGAUGAUGAUGCAAGAAAUUAAAUCAAAUAAGACAAAAGAAACGUAUGUAUAACCAAGUAACAGUAGUGCGAAGGAGGCAAUUUAAAAUCAUGACAUGUAUAAUAUAACUGUGACAUAAUUAUGACACGUGAAGUUAUAAUUUUGACACAUCGAUAACGCCCGUCACAGAUUAAAACCACGCAAACAUUCAUAUAUUCUUAAAUCUAUACAUUUUGCCAUCCACUUACAUUUUAAUGACUGACAAUCAUACAAUAUAUUAAUAAUUAAUCAUUGAAUACACUGGAAAACUGGAAAUACUUACUUAUUCAUGUCAGUCAGACAAUCCAGAAAUUAGUUUUUUAUAUCAACAUGAUUAACUUUUCAUGUUCAGGACCAAGUAAAGUUUAUUUAGGAGAAAAUGCUUUUUGUAAUAUAUAUUUCCACGAUACUCUUCUGUGCUUGUAAAAUAAGUUUUUCAUCCAUUCAUGUGUAACACAGAAUACUGCAUGAAGGUACAGUGACGAUCUCGCUGUCCUUUUUAAAAUCGUUGCAGUUUCAUAUCCGAGAUGAUUUUAUUAUUCUGUCGUGUAAUAAACAGAUUUUCAAGAAA